AUGUCCAAACGCGCCGGAUCUGAUGGCGAUGAACCGCCCUCAAAGCGUCACUGCUCGAUUGACGUCCAAGCGAACCAGGCAGUACCACCGGCACUGUAUGAUAACGGUGCAUGGGAAAUCCUUGCCAAAUUCCUCACCACAUCAAUGUCUCUAUCCGAGGUAGACGACGCACACAUAGCGCACCUCGAGCCUCGACGCCUGCUCUUCUCCGGUGACGAAGAUAACGCCAAAUCCUUAGAAAACUUCACCAAGCUGUGGAAAAUUCACAUACCCAAUCCACCAGAAAAGUCUUCCGUUUCUAUCCCUGCAUCGAGGAGGAACGGCUACUCGUCAAGUUCACGUGCUCAAAAAUCGCGCAAGUUAUCCAAAGCUGCUUCUAAGUUCAUCGCUGAUAAGGCCGAUGUUGGUGAUGAUGAAGAGGAGGAAGAGGAGUAUGAUGGAGAAGAUUGGGACGGACCUUCUACGCAGUCGCCGAUAGUCACAAGUUUGCCAGGAACGUCGGCGAAACGGAGGUUGGCAGCAACCUUUGACGACAUGGCGACUCGGUUCGAACAACAUUUGCCCAGCUCAUCUGAAGACAAUCUCGCCUACAGAAGUCCCGAAAGCAGGAUGUAUUUACCUCAUGUUCAAAGGACUACCACUCAAUAUGUUGCUGACCACCUUCGGAGGAAGGAAUUUCCCGUGAUCGUGUCAGCCUGGUCAGCAGGACAGCUUUACGUGGUGGCGGAUAGCCCCGCGACGAUUGCAAAGUCCUUGCCCCUAUCUCUUUAUCUCGCCGUGAAAGAGUACUCCCGUAUUGCCGAGGAAGAACGCGAAGCGGUAGAACGCACGCAGUCCGAGUUUCCUCAACAAGCAUGGGUGAGGAUCAAGGGCAGUAAGUACAGGGGCGACAUCGCACAAGUUUUCGAGCAACUGCCGAAUGGUCUGGUCGCAGUCUUAAUUGUUGCGCGCGAUUUCCCCUAUUCCAUGCCUUCAGGAUCUCGAGCGCUUAUCCAGCAAUCUCUCCUUCCGAACCAGAAGAGCGUUUCCGACAUCAUUCGCGAUGACGAAGUCGUGGGAUGGAAAUACAAGGGAGAAAGCUACUACAUGGGCCUGCUGCUCAAGAACUUUCACCGCGACAGACUAGAACUCGUCGCAUCCCCUCAUGUCGACGACAUUCGGCUACACCUGGACGCCGGAUGGAAUCAACUGUUUUUGAACGAAACUGUGGUCGCGUUUUCGCUGCAGUUCCUGCGCGUGGGCGAUUGGGCGAGAGUCGUCAAAGGCUCUCUUCGUGGAGAGCUUGGUCAGGUCGUCUCAACUGAUCAUACUUUGGGGACCCUAAGUUUGCAAUCGGCUUUUGAUGGGCGUCUCAAGGAGAUGGAAGUUCGACUCAAAGACAUCGAACGGAUCUUUUGA